AUGGCUACAAACGAUAGUACCCCGGAGCCGGAAAACAUAGCCCAACCAGAACCAACACCACAGGAGAUUAUCAUACCACCAUUUGCUUUGCUUUUUGCAGCUUUCCUAGGUAUCCUAUCCUUGUGGCUGUGCACGCAUUACUGCCGGAAGUACCGUCAUGGUCUGCGUUCUGUACUAGUCCAGCCAAUAAAAAAACCGGGAAUCGCAUUUGUAAAUACUAACACCUUAAAAACGCUACUGAACUUCAAAGGAAGCCGACAUCAAGAAUCCCCAACAUCUAUCCAAAACAGCAGUUCGUUUCUAUCUGACAGAGACUUGGGGGUAUUAAAGGAUUUCAUGUGUUUCCAGAAUUCUGCAAACGAGCUAUUUUGGAUCUGUUUUCCGUCGGCGCUAAUCCUUUGUUUUUGUCCACUAACAUUGCUACUUUACAGCCCAAUGGUUAAAGCCCUUUGGCCGUCCGACACUUAUGAUGUGACGCCAAAUAUCAACGAAGCAAUCGCCUGCUUCCUGGUCCCUUCGGGAAUGGUAUAUGCUGUUUCGUUCGGAUUCGCUUUCCAACAAGUCCUAGGCAAGCAAACAGAUGUCAUGAAAAGCAUUACACACGAUAUCAGACAAAUGAACCAGCUCAUCUCAAUGACAAAAAGUUUGCGGUGGAUAACAGAGAAAACCCGGAUCAAGAUGUACAGGGCCCUGAAAACAGAAGUUCUUACCAUGAUGCAGUUGUUCAUGCAGGUCGACACAGCCGGGAAAGAGAAGCAGGAACAUGAAGCGGACAUUUGGUGCAUUAUCGAUCAUUUACGAGAAAUUAAAACGCCUCAGGACAGAGAUAUUAUGGACGACGCCAUUUGUAGCCGAUUUGUGAAAUACAUCGGCUGUUUAGGCAAUACAAAUAAAGAAAUUUUGCAAUCGAGAAUGCAUUUCCUAGAGUGGGCACUGUUGGAGACACUCGGAUACUUUACAUUUCUGGGGAUCCUGAUGGUUCAGGCGCAAUCUUAUCAACUGGAACUGACCAUGUGUAUCAUUACCGUUCUCUCAAUCACCAUGUUGUGCUACAUAAUUGCCGAUCUGGACAAUCCAUUCAAUGGAUUUUUCCGGAUUGAUCUCGCUAAUGUCGAAACGCUAAUUCAGCGGUUGGAACGGAUGUACAUUAUGGCAAUUAGUGAGGAUCGUAUGAAAGAGGAAGUUAAUCAAAUUUCAGAUAAUGUAGUAAAAUCAAAAAAGAGGUUACCCGAACCUAUCGGGUGCGUUUAAACUUUCAUUCUUCAACUUCCUGAAAUCCUAUCAUGUAUUGUCACUAAAAUCUCACUGUCACUUAAUUAAAGGUAAUUGUCUUCAUCCUGAUAUUACAGUGUAAAGUAAAUUACUGUUAACUCUGGUAAUUUAAGAUAUGUCAGUACUCUGAUGAAUAAACUAAUAUUUUUGAA